AUGGAAGCCAGAGAAGGAAUUAGUUCUGGGGUUACAGUGAUAGGGGCAGAAGCUCCAUCAGCUUAUCAUGUGGCCCCGAGGAGUGAAGCUCCGAACCAGGUUCAUGUCCCUGAUGGUGGUGGUGGUGGUGGCGGAGGCGGCGGCGGAAGCAACGGAGGUGGCGGCGGCAUUGGUGGUGCUGCAGCUAUUGGUGUCUCUCCUGUGAGUGUGGGAUUGGAUGGAACAGCAAAGAAGAAACGGGGUAGACCAAGGAAAUAUGGGCCUGACGGGUCUGUCACCAUGGCAUUGUCACCAAUGCCAAUCUCGUCUUCUGCUCCUCAUUCUAAUGAUUUUUCAUCAGGCAAGCGGGGGAAAAUGCGGGGUAUGGAAUAUAAGCAGUCUAAAAAAAUGGGUUUGGAUUAUAUAGGUGACUUCAAUGCAUGCUCUGAUGGUACAAAUUUUAUGCCACACAUCAUCACUGUCAAUGCUGGUGAGGACAUUACAAUGAAGGUGAUAUCGUUUUCUCAACAAGGGCCAAGAGCUAUAUGUAUCUUAUCUGCUAAUGGUGUAAUUUCAAAUGUUACUCUUCGUCAGCCUGAUUCUUCUGGGGGUACUUUAACUUAUGAGGGCCGUUUUGAGAUACUUUCCUUGUCUGGAUCAUUCAUGCCUACUGACAACCAAGGUUCAAGAAGCAGGUCUGGUGGAAUGUCUGUUUCCUUGGCUAGCCCUGAUGGCCGUGUUGUAGGUGGUGGAGUUGCUGGUCUUCUUGUAGCUGCCAGUCCUGUGCAGGUGGUGGUGGGAAGCUUUUUACCAAGCAGCCAGCAAGAACAGAAAAUAAAGAAGCCCAAGUCUACUGAUUAUGCAGCAGCAGCAGCAGCAGCUGCUGUUACUCCAGUUAUUGCAGUGUCUUCUGCACCAGCACCACCACCUCCACCUUCAACCAAUGCUGAAAAAGAGGAUGUGAAUAUUAAUGUGAUGAGUGGAGCACAUGUACUGCAAAAUUCUGGAAGUCUUAACCCUAACCUCAGUCCUCCCAAUGCCUUUAGAAGAGACAACUGGGUCAACAUGCACUCUAUGCCAGACUCAAGAAAGUCAGCUACAGAUAUUAACAUAUCUUUGCCUGAUUGUUAA